AGGUCAAGGAUAAGACGGUUGUGUCAGACAAGGAAGAGGAAGAAGGGGAGACCAGGGAGAAUUGGGUCAGGGUCACCAAAGAGAGGAAGAAGAGAUGGGGUGUGAGGGACUCGAAGGUCACCAAGGUGAAGGGAAAGAAGGAAAAACCCCGCCCCUCUUUCAAGGAAGUGGUGAAGGGGGUCAGAGACACAGAGAAUGUCAAAGGAAAGAGCGAUAGGGCAAGAAAGGAACAGGAGGAGGUGGAAAGGAGGAAGUCCGAUAACGAUAAAAGAAGGGAAGAGGACCAGAAGAAAGAGGAGGAGAAGAGAAAGAGGUUGGAGGAAGAAAGGGUAAGGAAGGAAAAGCAGGAGGCGGAAAGGAGGAAGGCCGAAAAUGAUAAAAGUAUGGAAGAGGAACAGAAGAAAGAGGAGGAAAAAAGAAGGAGGUCUGAGGAAGAAAGGGUUAGGAUGGAAAAGGAGGAGGUGGAAAGGAGGAAGGCAAAGAACGAUAAAAGAAUGGAAGAGGAACAGAAGAAGGAGGAGGAAAAGAGAAAGAGGUUGGAGGAGGAAAGGCUGAAAGAGGAGGAGGUGAUUAAGGCGGGCAAAAGAAAGGAGGAGCAGGCUAAGAAAAAGGCGGAAGAGGACAAAAGAAAGAAGGAGGAGGAUGAGAAGGUAAAGGAAUUUUUGGAAAGGAGACUGGACGAAGAAAGACUGAGGGAGGAAGAGAGGGACAAGAGGGAAAAGAGACAGGAGGAGGAGGAGAGAAAACGGGUGAAGGAAAAGUAUUCUGGCAAUAAGGCUUCCUCCCCCAUUGUCUUCCGUGGCCCCGCUCUAAAGGACUCUCCCCCUCACCCUAAAUCCAAAUCGCCCCCUCAAAAAGCACCCUCGGACGAUGGGUCGCCUUUGGACGAUGUGGUUCCCCUACUAUUGAAGAGAAAGGGGUCCUACCCGGCUAAAGAUAACCCUGCAGAGGAAGAAGCUAUUUGGGGGGAAGAAGGAGGGAUGGCAGAAGGAGACUUGGACUUCGCCAUCCCGGACCUCUUCCAGGAAGGUCAAAUAAAUUUUGAGAAGCGCCCUAUUAUGUUCCACCCGUGCAAGAAAUCCCGGACGGAAGAUAACACGGCUAUCCCAACAAUGGACGAACAGGAAGCUAUCACCACAGUAGCCGGGGAUCCGGUUAAUGGGGACACUUUUAAAGCGAGUGGUGAGCCAGGGGAGUUCGCGAGGUCUUGGGUGGAAAGGGGAGUUUUGCAAGUGAAACAUAUUUGGAACAAGGACAUAGAUGAUUGGAUUACUGUGGAGGACUUGUGAAGGAAACUGCCUCGCCUGCGAAACUUGGAGAGAAACCUGCAAGCUUUGACGGCAGCAAUACCUCGA